AUGGCCCACGCCCACGACCACGAACAUGGCCACGAGGGGAGCCAGGCACAUCAACAUGACCACAAGAAAGGCUCUCAAUUGUCUCGAAAAACUCGUCUUCGAGCAGUCAUAGCCAUAUCAUUCUGCUUCUUCGUGGCGGAAAUCGCAGUCGGUUUCUACACAAAGUCUCUUGCUCUGGUAGCAGACGCAUUCCACUACCUAAACGAUCUGAUCGGCUUCAUAGUCGCCCUCGUCGCCGUGCACGUCACGGAAUCCAAAACACCACCUGACUCCCUCUCCUUCGGCUGGGCCCGCGCCCAACUCCUCGGUGCCUUCUUCAACGGCGCCUUCCUCCUCGCUCUAGGCCUCAGCAUUGCCCUCCAAUCCAUUGAGCGCUUCAUCUCCAUCGAGACCGUCCACAACCCAAAGCUCAUCCUCAUCAUCGGUUCCGUCGGCUUAGCCCUCAAUCUCAUCAGUGCCCUCUUCCUCCACGAACACGACCAGGACCACAGCCACGCCGCCCCCGCUAUUAUCAGCGACGAAGAACAAAACGUAUCCUCAUCUAGCACUCACCAAAACCAUGCUUCACAUCUGCACAUCACCACGGCCCCCAAAGCCCACGGCAUGGACCUCGGCAUCCUCGCCGUCCUAACCCACGUCCUCAGCGACGCCCUCAACAACAUCGCAGUCAUCAUCUCCGCAGUCAUCAUCUGGCGCCUCAAAUCCCCCGCCCGCUUCUAUGCCGACCCCGCCGUUAGCACCGUCAUCGCGCUCAUGAUUCUCCUCUCCGCCGUGCCCCUGACCAGGCGCGCCGGCACCAUUCUCCUGCAAUCCGCGCCCCUCGGCGUGCGCAUCGAGGACGUCAAGCACGAUUUGGAAAGUAUUCCGGGCGUGAGGAGUGUGCAUGAAUUGCAUGUUUGGCGCUUGGAUCAGAAGAAGGCGAUUGCGACUGCGCAUGUUGUGGUCGAGGAUGCGGAUGUUCGCAGCUUCAUGGACAAGGCGAAGGUGUUUGCCCAGUGUCUGCAUGCGUAUGGGAUUCAUUCUGCGACGUUGCAGCCUGAGCUUGCUGGGGGGAGGGAGCGGGAUGGAGGGGAGGGCAAGGAGGGUUUGGGUGGGUCGAGUGCGGCGAGUACGGCGAGACCUAGUGUUGAUAAGUGUGGGGUGCCGUGUGGAGUGCUCUGCGAGGAGUUGAAGUGCUGUAGUUAA